AUGCUCCGCGGGGCCUACCCAGCGCUCGCAACUUGGAAUCGCCUCGACGGAUUCCACCCCCUCCCACAGAAUUUGCCGCAGCGGCCCCAGCUCCGGCCGCCUCCUCCUCUCCCGCUCCGCCUGCCUUCGUUCGCUUCGUUGGCUUCGCCUCCACAACGUGCCGCUCCUCCUCCCGGCGCUGCUGCGGCCGCUGCCCAGCGUCUCACGCUCUCGGAAGCGGGAAAGGUCGGGUCACGCAGCGAGGCAGCACGACAAGACAGGGCAGGGUCCGGGCGGACGAGAACCGUCGGUCCGUCGUUUAGUCCGACGGAUGCGGGAGGAGGAGGACGCGACCUUUGGGAAAUCUACUGGUUUAAAUUUAAUCGCGCUUCUUGUCUGGCCUCGGAUCGCACGGCGGGGGGCAUUCCGGCCUCGGGCUCGUGCGAUGGGGCUUCGUUUCGGCAUAUAUUUCUGUUUUACGCCUUUCCUGCGGGACGAUGUCCUGCGGGUGUCCUUCUUGCCUUGCCCUCCGCUGCGCUGCUUUGCUUUGCUUUUCCGUGCUUUGUUAAUUGCCCAUGCGACCCUGCGAGCAUUUGGGGUGUUGGCACACUGCGAAGAUUUUGGGUGACACUUUUCUCAGGAUGCGUGAAAGCUGAAGACGAAGUGAAGGAGAAAUUCGACCUUGAAUAGCGUGAUGACUAGGUUUAGUUCAUAGAGGAAUGACUCACAUCAAGAACCCAUUUUAGUGUUCGGCGGUCGUGGAACUCCAUGACUCACAUCUUCCAUGGGUGCUCGACGUGGUGUGAUUCCUCUGCGAAAGAAACCUGGUGUGGUGGAGGGUGGUAUUCCGCUAACAUUGAAUCCUGACACAACAUCGUUGAAGCAUGGAUAAGAGUCACAUACGUACUCCAGUAGACGCCCACAAUCCCAAGUUUGACAUCUCCAUUAGGCGACGAUGGACCGUACUCUAACCUCUUGGAUAUUGGCCCCAAAACAAAUAUCGCCAAGUAUAUGAGCUUUUAUUUCUGAAAAUAUCAUCUUUGGGCAAUAUACUGUGUAGCACUGUUUUUGUCAAGCAACUUGGUGCUUGCUCUUAGAUGCUCUCGAAGGAAAGGUCGCGAGGACUGUAGGUUGUGCGAGGACGAAGUCCGCAAAAGUACCAUGUGAGAUUCUUCCAAAGAUUUCGAAAUCUUUUUUAACUUUGAAGGGACGUCGAUACGUGGAAAUAAGCGAAACGUCGAAAUGUACUAAACAAUAACACUCGGCACUCUCACAGACCUAUCCAAGUGUGAGGCACGAGUUUGUACCUUUCAAUGAUAUUUUUUGAAACGUAUCAAAGACUUGUGCUAGAGGAGGGGGCACAUUUGGAAUUCAGCCCUCUUCACCCCACCUCCAGCAUGUGACGCCUUUCAUUCUCACAUCUUAGUUUCAAGCUUCUCCCAAGUCUUGGGCGGAGCCGCCGGUUAGAACAAGGCACAUUCCGAGGACAUGAGGUGAGAGAAUUCAUGGACGACUAAAUAGCAAUUUAUAUUAUCUAAGAGGAGUUCUGCGAAAAGUUCUCAUCCAUAGUCAAAUGGAAAGAAACAGAGUUGUAUAAACAGCAAGAGUAUGGCAAAUGAAGAUAAACGUCAGCAUGAGGAACGAGGGUCAUAUAGAUAGAAAUCCGCAAGGGGACAAAUCCUGGAUAUAAAUGAUAUCCAACUAGAGGAGGCACAUCGUGAUGCUACACUGCAAUGUACUACAGUAGCUAUCCAUCCAUUUCCACUGUAGCAAGCUCUUGCUAGACCUGUAGAUCCUCCACCUGCCAGUAGAAAAGUACUGGACUGGAGAGGCUCGUGUGGGAAAAGUAGAAGUGCCCGAUGUGCCCGAAGUGCCCGAUAGGUUUCACUCAACCAGGUUGUUCGGUUGGGGAAUGUCUUCGGCCUUCGAGCUUCUGUCUCUUGCAAUUAACGGCAGGAGGAAGCAUUACUAUCUCCUUGCGUUGUCUGGAUACCUUAUGGCUAAGGUGCGCGCCG